CACACUGCAGCACACUUAACGACCUGAAAGAUUAUACAAACAAGUGAUAAAAUAAAUGAAAACCUUAAGGACAUAGUCCCAAAAUACAAUAAAUAAAAAGCGGAAGAUGCUGCGCAGUAUAUUUGCACUCCGUGGGCAGUGCCAUCAGCUGAUGAGGAGCGCCAUUCGGCAGCAAAAUCCCGCGCAAAAGUCACAUCAAUUCUGGCGCAUGAAAUCCACCAAUUCUCCGGAGGAAGCUGCUCGCAAACUACGGGCGAAAUCCACACUAUACUACAUAACAGCCGGCGGAGUGCUGAUCGUGGGCCUUAGCUAUGCGGCAGUGCCACUAUAUAGCAUCUUUUGCCAGGCCUACAGCUACGGAGGAACCACGUCGCAGGGUCACGAUGCCGAAAAGGUGGAGCACAUGCAAAAGGUCGAGGAUCGGGUGCUGAAGAUCCGCUUCAACGCCGAUAUUGGCUCCUCCAUGCGCUGGAACUUUAAGCCGCAGCAGUACGAGAUUAAGGUGGCACCCGGCGAAACUGCAUUGGCUUUCUAUACUGCCCGGAAUCCCACGGACAAGCCGGUAAUUGGCAUCAGCACCUACAAUGUGAUCCCCUUCGAGGCGGGCGCCUAUUUCAACAAGAUCCAGUGCUUCUGCUUCGAGGAACAGCAACUGAAUCCGCACGAGGAGGUGGACAUGCCCGUAUUCUUCUACAUCGAUCCGGAAAUCACAGGCGAUCCAGCGCUGGAGCACUGCGACACCAUCACCCUGUCGUACACCUUCUUUGAGGCCAAGGAGGGCUUGAAACUCAACUUUCCCAGCUAUGCAAAACCCCAUGCAGCGACUGCGUAAACAGAAUGUUGUUAAAACAAUAAAUCUUUGUUAUAUCUAUCGUAAAA